UUUGGGUUUUCCUAUAUUUUUAAGCUUAGGAAAAGAAGCAAGGUUUUGGUUUUUUGGUUUUUUUGUUAUUUGAUUACUUCAGUUCUCUGUCAAUUUUGGUGGAAAAUUCCCACCUUUUUUGAGGAUCUGAAUUUCCUGUACAAGGAGAGGGGGUUCUAGAACAGCGUGUGUGUUGAGGAAGAUGAAGACAUUGUUUUGGGUUGUGUUUGUUUCAGUGGUGGUUUCAACAUGGUUGCCACUCUCUGAGUGUUUCAAAAAACCCGCAGUGCUUGCUAGAAAAGAGGACAUUCCGUACAUAAAGUGUCAAGUUUGUGAGCUUCUCGCUAAGCAGUUGCAUCAGCAGGUGAAGAAAAAGCAAGCUGAGACCGCUCCCAAAAAGAUCUCGGAGUAUCAGAUCAUUGAGAUAGCAGAGAAUGUUUGUAAUCUUAAGAAGGUAGAAGCGGAUUGGAUAUUGCGCAUUGAUAUUGUGGAGAAAGAAGAUAGGCUUGAGUUAGUUGAGCAUGACUCUGAAGGACAGUGCAAUUCUGAGUGCAAGACAAUCGAGCGAGCGUGUCAGGAGGUUAUAGGGUAUUCGGAUACAGAUGUUGCUGAAUAUCUAUAUAAUUCGAAGCCUGAUGCCAAUUCAUUGUACAAAUAUCUCUGCAAGGACCUUACUAAAGCAUGCAGCACCAAGCCACCCCCUGUCCCUAAGGACAGAAUCCCUGGUGAUGCUUUUGUUGCUAAGUCUGAUAAGGAGGCUGAAAUGGAAAAGCUACUAAAAUCUAUGGAGGGCAUGCCAGGAGCACCUGGCAUGAAAAUGUACUCAAGGGAUGAUUUAAUGAACAUGAAAAACCUUGGUGAUGAAGAUGCCGAAGAUGAAGAAGAUGAUGAGGAUGACGGCGAUGCUGCUUUUCCUGGGAAAUUGGGAAAAGUUCUGAGAGAAAAGGAAAAGGAAAAGGGAAAAGGCGACUGGAAACAAACGAUUAGAAAAGGAAUCACAGAUACGACCGUGACGCUGAAGAAACAUGCAGACCGAGUUUCCAAUCGCUUAAGACAGUGGUGGAGGGCAAAGAAAACAAGUUCAAAGAAGGGAACAAAAGGAGCCAAAUCUGAACUUUAGCAAGUCACAAAAGCUUACACUGCGAUUGUUGAAGAACUGCAGGCAUUUCAACAUCAUUUUUUACAGGUAAAAUGUGCCUGUGAUAGUCAAGAGGAAGAAACAUAGAGAAGCAAUCACAUGAGAACUUUAGACUUUAGAGUGACCACUUGGAAUGGUUCAUUUUCCAUUCAAGUAUUUUGCUAUAUUCAUGUAUUUUAAUGACUCUGUUUUGAUGUUGAAGGAGGGUGUAUACUAGCUUGAUAGUGAAGGUUAUGAACUUGUGAUGUUCUCCAAAGACUUAUUUCCUCCUACACCUUAUUUUUAGAAA